AAUAUCGUCAUAUAUUCGGCAAUAAAAUACAAAAUCCCCAAAUUCGCAGUGGUAGAACCCUAGAAUCAGAAAAACCUCGCCAUCAAUGGCAGCAAUCAGCCUCCGCAAGGGCAACACUCGCCUCCCGCCGGAGGUGAACCGUGUUCUGUACGUGCGCAACCUACCGUUCAAUAUAACGAGCGAGGAGAUGUACGACAUAUUCGGAAAGUACGGCGCCAUACGGCAGAUCCGCGUCGGGACGAACAAGGACACGCGCGGCACCGCCUUCGUGGUGUACGAGGAUAUCUACGACGCGAAGACCGCGGUGGACCACCUGUCGGGGUUCAACGUGGCGAACAGGUACCUGAUUGUUCUGUAUUACCAGCAGGGGAAGAUGGGGAAGAAGUUUGACCAGAGGAAGAAGGAGGAGGAGAUUCAGAAGCUCCAGGAGAAGUACGGGAUUGGUACUCCUUCUGCUGCUAAAGAUAAGUAGAGUCCACUUUUCGACGCUAUGAAAAUCAUGAAAAAAAAGGUUAGGGAAGAUGGUUUUAAUCUUGAUUAGUGGUGUAAAAAUUUGAAUUUGAAUCGUUGGAUUGAUGAAAAACUUGACAAUUUAUUGUUGGGUUGAAGUUUUAAUUUUUCCUUCUUUUUCUGUGAUUUUUUUCUUGUGCUUGUUAUGAGUUUUCGUGGUAGCCUACGCAAUAUCUAAUGUUUAAACCGGAGUUCGAAUUACCGAAUUUCUGAUUUGUGAA